CUCUACAACACCCUACCCCAACCCUGCCCACCCUACUGCUACCUCUCCCUCUUCAUCAUCAUCAUCGUCUUCUUCUUCUUAUUUCUGAUACCAGCUGCUGCAUCAUACAUACAGUCUAAUCGAUCAAUCAAUCCUGCUGCUGCGCAGGUGCUUAUAUAUAUAUAUAUAUAUAUAUCGUUGCCUGUAAUUUUAAAGAAUUUGAUAUUAGUGAGUGAUCAGUGAGUCAUGCCUGAGGCACCAAAGGCAAAGGGAGGUGCAGCCCACAUGUCGUCGUCGGAAGUGAGUGUGGAGGAGAAUAUCAAGAAGAAGCUGGAGUUCAUCGAGGAAGUCACCACCAACGCCGACGAGGUCCAGAAACGUGUCCUGGCAGAAAUCCUGUCCAGAAAUGCCAACGUCGAGUACCUGCAGAGAUACGGCGGCCUCCACGGCAAAACCGAUCGAGAAACCUUCAAGCAAAUCAUCCCCGUCGUAAGUUACGAGGAUAUCCUCCCCGACAUCAACCGCAUCGCCAAUGGCGACACCUCUCCAAUUCUCUGCUCCCAACCCAUCUCCGAGUUCCUCACAAGUUCUGGGACAUCUGCUGGAGAGAGGAAGGUGAUGCCCACAAUCGAAGAAGAACUGGAAAGAAGGUCACUUUUGUACAGCCUGCUGAUGCCCGUGAUGACCCAAUUCGUGCCCGGUUUGGACCAAGGCAAAGGCAUGUAUUUCCUCUUCAUAAAAUGCGAGACCAAGACCCCCGGGGGCCUUCUGGCUCGCCCUGUCCUAACAAGUUACUACAAAAGCCCCCAUUUCAAAGACAGGCCAUUCGAUCCCUACACCAACUACACCUCCCCAAACGAGACCAUUCUCUGCCCGGACUCCUACCAAAGCAUGUACUCCCAAAUGCUCUGUGGCCUUUCCCAGAACCGCCAAGUCCUCCGGGUCGGGGCGGUUUUCGCGUCCGGGUUUAUUCGGGCCAUCCGGUUCUUGGAGAAGCACUGGACCCUUCUGAGCCAGGACAUCAGAACCGGCACUGUGAACCCACUUAUAACCGACCCGUCCGUGAGGGAGGCGGUCAUGCGGACCCUCCGACCCGACCCGGAGCUGGCGGAUUUGAUUGAGUCCGAAUGCGGGAAGGAUUCUUGGGAGGGGAUUAUAACCCGGGUCUGGCCUAACACCAAGUACAUCGAUGUUAUAGUGACUGGGACCAUGUCGCAGUACAUCCCUACUCUUGAUUAUUACAGCAAUGGCCUCCCUCUUGUCUGCACAAUGUAUGCCUCUUCCGAGUGUUAUUUCGGAGUCAACCUCAACCCCCUCUGCAAACCCCACGAAGUCGCCUAUACCCUCAUUCCCACCAUGUGUUAUUACGAGUUCUUGCCCGUUCACAGAAACAACGGCCUCACGAACUCCGAGCUCCAGGACCUCGUUGACCUCGUCGAUGUCAAACUCGGACAGGAGUACGAACUCGUCGUCACCACUUACGCCGGGCUCUACCGGUACAGAGUCGGCGACGUGCUCCGGGUCGCCGGAUUCAAAAACAAUGCGCCGCAAUUCAACUUCGUGUGCCGGAAAAACGUGGUCCUGAGCAUCGACACCGACAAGACGGACGAGGUGGAGCUCCAAACGGCCGUUAGAAACGCCGUCAGCCAUCUGGUGCCGUUCGAGGCCCGUCUGACGGAGUACACGAGCUACGCCGACACGAGCACGAUUCCGGGGCACUACGUGCUGUACUGGGAGCUGAGCCAGACCGGGUCGACCCAAAUCCCGCCGUCAGUGUUCGAAGACUGCUGCCUGACGGCGGAAGACUCUCUGGACAAUGUGUACAGACAGAAUCGGGUUCACGACGCCAUCGGACCGUUGGAGAUCAAGAUUGUGGAAACCGGAACGUUCGAUAAGCUCAUGGAUUACGCAAUCAGCCUGGGGGCGUCGAUCAACCAGUACAAGACGCCAAGGUGCGUGAAAUUCACGCCCAUCGUGGAGCUACUCAAUUCCAGGGUUGUGUCCAAUUAUUACAGCCCUAAGUGCCCCAAAUGGACUUCUCCAGGCCUCAAGCAAUGGAGCAAUGCCGAUUGAUCAUUGAUAUCGAUUUUGAUCUUGAUCUUGAUAUUGAUCCAUGAAAAAGGUAAUGCUUUAGUAAGAGCAAGAACUGGAAAAAGAAUUAUUAAGUGGUUCUGUGAUCAUUUUAAUUAGUGCCCACACUUAAUUUCCCACUACUUAGGUUAAUUAACCAAUCAUUGUUGAUUAAUGCUUCUUUUUUUUUUUUAUUUAUUUCUUUCUACAUUGUUGUUUUACCUGGUAAAAUGAUGACAGACAGCAGCAUCAGCAGCAGCCAUUGUACAAAAACCAAUUUCUUAUUUCUCUAAGGUUUCUUUUUAUCUUUAAUUAA